AGGGGCCACUUCCUGUGCGGCUCGGGCUGCCGCCGAGAACGGAGCUCCGCUUUGGUUAUUACGUUCCGGUCUAAGGCCCAACAUGUCUCUGGAGGAGCUGAAGUAUGUUGCCAUCCUCACUGGCUCAAUCCCUGUUGGAUUCUGCUUGAAGCAGACUGGGAAGCUGGGGAGACAGUACGGCGCCACACUGAUUGGGUUCACUAUUGUUGCGGCAACCUGUGGCAUUCACACCUUCCAUUCGCUCUUGUGUAUCUUCAUCACCUGGGCAAUCAUCAGGUUCUGCAGCAGAUACUGCUACCAGCUGACACUGGCUUGGAUGUUCUCGUAUCUUCUCCUCUUCCGCAUGCUAGGCUACCUGAGGCUGCCAGCUCCCAAUCCCUUUGCCAAUGCCGUCCAGCUCCUGCUGACGCUCAAGAUGGUGAGCCUGGCGGCAGAGUUGAACCCGGUGUACCUGGAGGCGUUGAGCCGGGGACGGACUGUCCCUGGUCGUCAUCCGCUGGACGGGGUGAUGCCUGGACUACGGGAGGUUCUGUGUUACAGCUACUGUUACCUGGGCAUUCUGACCGGGCCGUUCUACCGCUAUCGGACAUACCGUGACUGGGUGCAGAAUUCCCGCCUGCCCCAAGUGCCGAGCUGGGAUCCUCUGCUCCGUCGCCUGUCACUGGCACCACUCUAUGGGCUGGCAUUCCUGCUUUUCUCCCACCUUUUCCCAUUGGACUUCGUACGCACGGCCGACUUUGCCCGCCACGGCUUCGCCUACACUCUGCUCUACACGGCCGCCCUCUUCCUGACGUUCCGUCUACGCUUCUAUGUGGCCUGGACCUUCGCCGAGGGAGCGUGUAUUGCCUCUGGGCUUGGGGCGUACCCGGUGUCUGCCCGCUCCCGUCCGGGGAACGGUCCCACCAAUCCCAGCUACACUGACAGCGAACCACAGGAUUACGACUACGAGACAAUCCGUAACAUCGACCCAUACAACACGGACUUCUGCAGCAGCGUCAAGGAUGGGAUGAAAUACUGGAACAUGACGGUACAGUGGUGGUUGGCCACAUACAUCUAUCACCGUGCUCCCGUCAAGGCCAAGCUACUGAGGAUUGGUUGGACGAUGCUUGUCAGUGCUUUCUGGCACGGCCUCCACCCUGGAUACUACCUGAGUUUCCUGACCAUCCCGGUGUGCCUGGCAGCGGAGGGGGCGAUGGAGCGAGGAGUGCAAGCACGUCUGGGGGCUGGUUACCCCCUCCGUGUCUACAGCUGGCUGCAGUGGUUCUGGAAGAUGCGUGCCUACGACUACAUGGCGGCUGGCUUCGUCCUGCUGACACUGCACGACACGCUGGCUCACUGGCACCUGCUCUACUUCUACCAGCAUCUCCUCUCCCUGGCUUUCUUCACGGUGGGCUACGCCCUCACACCCCGGUCCAGGUCCGGGGGAAUCCGACCCCCGCCAGCCCUGUCUGCUACCCCCGUCCCCUUCACCUCUCCACCUUCCGCCUCUUCCAGACCUGAAGCUCAAGAGCAAGGUGGGGUUCGCCGGCGGGGGUCCCAGAGAGAUGAGUGAGAACAAUUUAUGUGGUCAGUGGGGUGGGGAACUAAAAUUCAGGGCAGUGGUUCUCUUGGGAAGGGCAAAUGGUGACGGGGUCCACACUGUUGUGCCCCCCAACCCCACCCUACGUCCUGUUGGUGAGGCUCUAUCCAUUCAGUACAGGCUCUGCCGUAAAACUAAAGCCUCUAUUGCCAGUAACUCUGCCCCUCCAUCCCUGUCCCACCCCUCUAUCUAGCCCCUCUUUCCCAGAGAAACACCACCCCCCGACACCUAGCUCCACUCCCCCAGAAUCAAAGCCCUUUACCACCAGCCCCUCCUCUCUCCUCAAAACCUUGCCCACUUAUCCCUGGUGUUUUCUGUACCCCAACCUCCAUUUCAUGGUAAAUCUGCCCCUUGUUCUUAUAAUCCCACCCCUUUAGCUUUACCACACCCACUUCAAUUCAAUGAAACCCCUCCUGCCCACCAACUGAAACCCCACCCCUGUAGACCAUGUCUCCACCCACUGUCCCAGAGAAACCCUACUCUUUCCCCUAUCUCCACCCAUCAUCCCCUUUUACCUGUAAACACCCGUCCCCUCCACCAUCCGCUCUGGGUCCUGCAGGUUGGCCAUCCGUUCUCACCCCACCACCCACCUGACCACCGAACGCUCCCGACAUCUUGUUUCUGCUUUCACCAUCCUCAAGCUCCACCCUCCCUUCCAUACCCACAUUUCACUCCCUCGUUUCUGUACUCCUAGCGUGUGCCUGCUUAAAGUGGGCCCAUCCUCCAGAUCAGUCUGUGGGACCCACCUGCUUAAAAUAGUCAACAACUCCUCUGUCCUGAAAGUCCCAUUACAAUUACCAGUAAUCAACAUCCCCGUGACCCCAGGGUUAGAGGGGGGGGGGAGAAAUUCCCCAUCACUGCCCAGUGACCCUGGGGUUGGGGGGGGCGGUAUCUGCCAGGGUUCCCCCUGGAUACAGGAGUGACAUAUAUCACUGUGUAUUGUUCUAUAUAUUUGUGUGUGUGAGUUACAUUUUUCAUCUGAAGCCAGUGCCCUGGUAACUAUGACUGGUCAGGUGCUGCCCACUGCCUCACUCUGCACCCAGAUGCCUGUAUCCCCAACUCAUCGACACACCAGGCUCCCACUUCUGAGCUGCCCUUGUGUGUGUGUAAAACACAAUCUGCACUAGCAUUCUCUCUGCCUGUAUUUCCCUAUGCCUGUAACAUUGUAUCAGCACAGCUGUCUCCACCAAUGUGUGUGAGGCGUACCACAUCAGUACAAGCGAACCUUGUGACUGUUUUCUUGUAGAGUCUGUGUGUGUGUGAGAGAGAGAGACUGUCUGCAAGGUGGUGCCAUGUGGGGUCUCUCUGCCUGUGUGUGUGUGAGAGAGAGACUGUCUGCAAGGUGGUGCCAUGUGGGGUCUCUGCCUGUGUGUGUGUGUGUGUGUGUGUGAGAGACUGUCUGCAAGGUGGUGCCAUGUGGGGUCUCUCUGCCUGUGUGUGUGUGAGAGACUGUCUGCAAAGUGGUGCCAUGUGGGGUCUCUCUGCCUGUGUGUGUGUGAGAGACUGUCUGCAAGGUGGUGCCAUGUGGGGUCUCUCUGCCUGUGGUGUGUGAGAGACUGUCUGCAAGGUGGUGCCAUGUGGGGUCUCUCUGCCUGUGUGUGUGUGAGAGACUGUCUGCAAGGUGGUGCCAUGUGGGGUCUCUCUGCCUGUGUGCGUGUGAGAGACUGUCUGCAAGGUGGUGCCAUGUGGGGUCUCUCUGCCUGUGUGUGUGUGAGAGACUGUCUGCAAGGUGGUGCCAUGUGGGGUCUCUCUGCCUGUGUGUGUGCUGCCACCUGUGUACCCACGAUGGGUCUCUGCCUGUGUGUGUGUGAGAGAGAGAGAGAGACAGUUGCUGAAUAUUGCCAAAUCUGAGUCAUUUACAAUUUUGUAUGUUUUUUUUAUAUAAAACACUGCUGUCAAGAGCUGAAUAAAGAAGAUUGUGACUUUUGUGUUGCUAUA